UUCUACAUUCCAAUCACACUUUUCUCUCUCAUCUUUAUCCCUUCACCUCCUAAAACCUACGUUUUGCUCUGUUUUACUCUGUUACAUCUUCGUUUCCCACAUAGCACUACGCAUUCAAGCCAAUGGCUGUUUCUGGUUUUGAAGGGUUUGAGAAGCGCUUGGAGCUCCAUUUCUUUGGAGAUGAUCCAGUUUUUCACCAACUGGGUCUUAGGAAACUUGAAUUUGAAUCACUCCAACAAGUCCUUGAAGCUGUUCAAUGCACUGUAGUUUCAGCGGUCGGCAACUCCUACUUCGAUGCUUAUGUGUUAUCAGAAUCGAGCCUCUUUGUCUACCCAACCAAGAUCAUCAUCAAGACUUGUGGGACCACUCAACUGCUCAAAUCCAUCCGUCCCUUGAUCUACUAUGCUCAGCAUCACUUAGGCCUCACCCUCUGCUCUUGCCGCUACACCAGAGGCAGCUUCAUCUUCCCAAAGUCUCAGCCUUUCCCUCAUACUAGCUUCAAAGAUGAAGUUAUGUAUUUGGAAGAGACCAUCCCCGCAAAUCUCUGCUACAGAAAAGCUUCAAUCAUGCCUUCCAAAUCUUCUUCUCAUUGUUGGCAUGUUUUCACAGCUAGUGAUGAUUCUGACCUACCUUACCUCCGUGACAAUGAAUCGUCAUCGUCAUACACCAUGGAGAUCUGUAUGACAGAGCUCGAUCCAGUCCUCGCUCGCAAGUUCUUCCGGCCGCCUGAGGAUGGGAAAACGGGGGACUCUGCUGGGAAGGACAUGACGGAGCUCACAGGCAUCAAUGAGAUCAACCCUGAAGCACUUAUCUGUGACUUUGCAUUUGAUCCUUGUGGGUAUUCUAUGAAUGGCAUGGAUGGGGAUCGGUACUCCACCAUUCAUGUCACUCCAGAGGAUGGUUACAGUUAUGCAAGCUUUGAAUGUGUAGGCUCCGUCAACGAUGAUAUAGUGCAUGUACUAAGGAAGGUGGCUCAUAUUUUCCGACCAGGUACUAUGUCUGUGUCCACCACGUGCAGUGACUAUGAAAACGAGAUAUGGACGCGUGUGGCAAGUGCCGUUGAGCCUCUGGGUUUGAAAUGCCGGAGUUGUGCAAUGGACCAGUUUCCUGCAGCUGGCAGUGUUGUGUUUCAAACGUUUACAUCUCGCCGGAGAAGCACUUAAAACCCCCAAGAUUUAAGGGGUGACAACAGUGACGAGAAUGGCGGCAACAGCGGUCGGAAGUAGCGGAGGGAGAGAUAGUAGAUAGGGAGUUAGAAUUAGUUGAAAAUUCUGGGGGAUGAUGGAUGACAUGGCUAAAUGUGAUUAUUGUGGAUUAUGAAUGUUGGGGCUGACUUGCUUAGAAAGAUACAAAAGAAAAAUGGUAAUCAAGUUUGAAGAGCUAAGAGAUGAAGGUAUUGGUUAUGGAAGGAAGGGAGGGGUUCUGAGUCAAGUUUUCUUAGGCGUUUGUUAUUGAGUUUUUUAAUAAAUAUAUGAUAUGUGGAUAAAUUCUUUUGAAACAUUUAAUUAUGUGACUUUGAAUUAUAAACAAAUUCCACUUAUCAUAUCUUUAUUAAAAAAUUUAAUAACCAGUAUUUAAAAACUGUAUUUAAAUUUUGUCUAUUUCAAAAUAGUGAAAAAAAGGGAAGGUGGGAAGGUAGGGUGGGGGAAGGUGUUUACUGGAUGAUCAUGAUAAUGCACCCCACUUAGGCCUGUCACGCCUAAGAUUUUUGAGCUUGUGUAGUGGGUUUUUAAAGUGCUCUUGUUUGAGGCUAUGUUGAUCUCUCUCUCCCCCUCCUCCCCUCCUCUAUCAUCUACCUCUCUUGUCUUUUAUGCUCUGUUUCUAGAUUAUUAUAGAACAAAAUCUUG